CAAGAUCACCUCAGGCCAGGGCCUGCGGCAUUCUUUUGAUACAGCGCUUGAUCCUAAUUCUUCCUUAUCGCUGCCGACAUCCAUCGAGCAGUUCAAUCUCGGGACAAUUAAGCGGCAGCAUCUGCAGUAUAACACUGCUCCCAUCCAGUUCCACUCUGGUGGACACAAUUCACAUUGCAGACACACCAUGUGUGUUUGGUUGACUGACGCCCAGCUUGUCCGACCAACCCAGAGUACCCAUCUAGGCCACGGUGCGAGCGAUAUCUCCAUUCGGUGACCUGCAGUCGCGAGGGCAAACAAAAAUCAACUAUCUUCUCAAUGGCAGUAGGGCCCAUGCCUGCUGUCAUGUACAAAGCCAAUGGAGUGAUGAAGAUUGAAGAAAUCAUCCAUAAUGAGCCCCCGCGACUGCUCGUCAUCUUCGACAAGGACCAAGAGGAGAUUACGCGCAUCAUCGCAGACGUGUUGGGACAUGCCUACCGUUUGGUCGAUGGCCUAGAGGGUGCUCGAGGGUGGUCGGAUGAGGCUGUGGUGGGAUUGGACAAGGAUUUCAUUACGGCGCCGGAGUCUUUACGGAGUUUGGACAGGACGAUUAUUAUGACCCAUUGCGUCGAUGGACGAGAUUCAAGCAACGGACGCCUGACCGAGUACUGCGAUUACGAGUAUCUUUAUUCCAAGACGACACCGAUUCGUCGGGAUGUGGCGAGGUUCUUGGCCUUUGUGUUGGGCCAGUCCAAGCCUCACGAAGACCUCAGAGGAAAGCCAAGGACGACGAUGCUCUGCAUGACAUUCUCCGACAUUCGCGCGGCUCUGCCAAAUUUGGAUAUACUGUCGGUUGGCGCCGAUGCAGUUGAACUUCGCGUGGACCUUUUGCGUGAUCCGGAGACUGAGCAUAACUUCGGAUCUGUGCCAAGCUUGAAAUAUGUUGGUGAACAGCUCAUGCUGCUCCGGCAACGAACCGAACUGCCCAUUAUAUUCACGACACGCUGCACAAGCGAAAAUGGACGUUUCCCUAUGGAUGACCCAGAGUUGUAUUACACCUACCUCCGCAAAGCCAUGCAAUGGGGCUGCGAAUAUAUUGACGUUGAGUUGUGGCUUCCAGUGGAGAUCAGACGAAGGCUCGCCGCCGAGAAAGGGCAUAGCAAAAUCAUAUCCGCCUGGCACGACUUUUCUGGGCGAUUCAAGUGGACCUCGCCACAAGCUCAGCAGAUCUUCCAGGAAAGUGCGCUGUACAGCGACGUGGUCAAGAUGAUCGCACUCGUCAGCAGCAUGGAAGACAACUACGAGCUGGAGUACUUUCGAUCGACAGUUCAAGGUCGAUCGCACCCACCAUUCUCGGGCUUGAACAUGGGAGUGGCUGGUCAGCUGUCAAGGACACUGAAUAAAGUCUUCACACCAAUCACCCAUCCACUGAUGCCACUCAUCGCGGCACCUGGUCAGCUUAGCGCUGCUGAGAUCAAUUCAAUGCUCCACUCUAUGGGUCAGAUGCCAGAGCUAGACAUUCAUGCGAUUGGACGCGUGCGCACAAAUGGCCACGCCAUGUUCCUUGAGAAGUGUCUCAAUGAGCUCAGCUUGCCUCAUCGUCUAAUAUGCGUUGAGCAACCCCCGAGUAGUUCGUUGCAGCCAUACCUCGCUAGAGCGCAAUUUGGGGGUGCCUACAUUAAUCCUCCGGUGGGGGUCGAGAACGCAACAUACCUGCCAACUCUCACUGAGUCUGCAUCUGCGAUUGGGCAAGUCGACACUGUUGCUGUACGACAAACCAAAAGUGGCAACACACUUGUCGCUGACAACGUCGCGUGGAAAGGCAUUCGAGCGACCUUGACUCGGGAUUUCGUUCCGAGCGCCUACGCUGGCCGAGCUGCGAUUGUCAUUGCAAACAACGAGGGUCAGGCUGCAGCUGCAAUAUAUGCACUUACCAGCUUGGAUAUUGGGACUCUGUACACCAUCGGCUUCCAGUCAUCAGGUCACAAGCAGCUGCAAGGUCUCGGCGACCUCGAUGCCAUCGAAUCGCCAUUCGCGGUGAUCUCCGCGUUGCCAGCCGAGCGGUCUAUGGCAGCAGUCCCUGUUCUGAAGCAUUUCACGGCGAAGAACAGAAAGAGAGCGACGUCCGCUGGCAAGAUCUUCCUCGACUUGUCCAAUGGCAUCAAAGGCAAUGGAGACUCGGUGUCGAUCGCCGAGUCACUAGGAUGGGCAGCAUACCCUUGUGCAGACUACGUCUCUCGCAUCGUGGUAGAGGCGAUCCGGGGCUUGGUGGGCGAGAAUGUUCCGUGUGACUUUGUGAGGCUCGCAGCUGGGAGGGGAUUAUACACAUGAUGGCCAUGCAGGGCAAUAGUGACACGGCGUUGGGGGUAUGGGUAUGGAUAUAGGGUAUGGGGCAUGCAGGCACACUGACACAGUGUAGGGCAGAACAGUCCUUACUGCAGGCAUCUCUGCCUUUCGUAUGUAGUCGUUAAGCAUCGUGGUUUCUUGCUCUGUGCAGCAUUCCAUAUGGGGAAGGUCGGCUAGGUAUGUUCGGUGGAAGGUUCAGCUCGGUCCGAUGCACCCCGAUGUCUUGUCGACGUCCCGCCCUCCACACCGUCACUGGUCUUGCGCACUUCCAACCUUAGCCGUGUAGAUGAGGCUAAAAGCUGCU